AUGAUUCGGUUUUUACUAGUUACUGGUGUUGUAGCUGUGGCUUCGGCCUAUCCAACCGGUAAGCCUGAACGAGCAGUAGAUGGUGAAGUAAACGAAGAAAAACGUUACCCUAACGGAACGAUCAUUGGUAGAUAUUCUUACAUUGACAAAGACGGUAAUCCCAUUCAAGUAAAGUAUUUUGCUGAUGAUGCUAGCUAUGGAGUAGAACUAAAAAGCCUAAAAAUUGUUGAUUCAACAACCGCGCCUGCAGGAACAGAGUUUUCAAAAGAUAAUAAUUCCCCAAAGAUAACGGAUCUACUAAGUCCAAAGUCUGACUUUUCAGCAGGUAUUUUGAAUUCAUUGAAUACUCUUACUAAAGGAAAAGAGAGCAUUAAUCGUUACAAGGGCGAUAAAACAAGACCUGAUUUUGAAAUUUACUAUCAAAAUGAAUUAAAAGGUCCUGAGAAAUGUGGAAAGGACAAAGUUCACGUAUACUUCGAUAAGGAGAGAAAAAUUCGUGACGUAUUAACUAAUUUGGAAGCGGACAAGUACUGUGAACAAUUUUAA